CUUGCACCAGCAGGCAGCACCGCAGCAGCCCCGUCCAUCUUCAUCUCCAUCCCCAUGUCGAGCCUCAACAGCGACUCGUGGACCACCGGCCUCUGCGGCUGCUUCGACGACCCCGGCAGCUGCUGCCUGACCUUCUUCUGCCCGUGCGUGGCCUUCGGGAGGAUCGCCGAGAUCGCCGACCAGGGAGCCACAUCGUGCUGUGUGAGCGGGACGCUGUACCUGGCGCUGGCCACGCUGAUCGGGUUGAGCCCCCUCUACUCUUGCUGCUACCGCUCCAGACUGCGCGCCCACUACGGCCUCAAGGAGAAGCCCUGCCCCGACUGUUGCGUGCACUGGUUCUGCGAGCCAUGCGCGCUCUGCCAGGAGUACCGCGAGCUCCAGCACCGCGGCUUCGACAUGUCCAUCGGGUGGCACGCCAACAUGGUGAGGAUGGGGAAGGGAGCUCCCACCGUCGCGCCUCACAUCAACCCGGGGAUGACUCGUUAGCGUGCGCCGCCCAUCGAUCCAUAUCUAUCCAUCGUCACCUUCCAGAUCCAGAACAAUAAUAUGCCAAGCUACCAGUUUGUCUCUGUGCUCGGUGUGCGCGUCACAGUGUGUGUGUGCUUUUCUGUUGCUAGUCGUUUUCGAUUAAUUCCUCCAUACCCAGCCGCGUGUCAUUUAUCGUAGGCAUCUGAAUCUCAAUAAUAUCUACUAGUACCAGAUUUACAAGCUUUCUAGUAAUCAUCAUUUUCCUAUUAAUCGCAACAGUGUACUCUUAAGCCGAGCGUGUAUGAUAAACGUCCACUUCCAAACUUCUACUUUGCUUUCAUUAUUUGUAAACCUGAUGCGCUUGAAAAUUUUGAUGUUAAGACGGA